AUGGCUUUGGAUCUUUCAAGUGUGAAUGACACUUCUUUCGAAGAAACUGGCUCAAAUACAACCUAUAAUUGUGUUUUCCUCUCUUCAGAAGUUAUUUCUUUCCCUGGGACUAAUGAUAUUCUCUUUUAUAUAUCUGAAAUAGGUCAUUUAAUUUUGGCAAACUUCUUCGUUGAACAUUCCAAUGGAAGUUACAUACUUAAAAAACUUCCACAUAUCAAAUUUUCACAUGAUUCAUCCGAUUUACCAACAAAUCUAUCUUUGGAUAAAAGUCUCUCAAACCAAGAAAAUGUAAUAUCACAAUUCUCAGUAAAUGAUUGUUCAAAUAUAUUGGAUUUAAACUUCCCUAGUAAAUUUGGACGUAUUGGGACAGAUAUACAGUCUUCAGCUUUGGAUUGCACAAAUGUUUCUCAUGUUCAAACAUGUUCACAACAGACAGUAGUUAAUUCAUCAUCUUUGAACGUACCAGAAUUAGAAAAUCCAGCUAAUUCUACCAUUCCCCGUCCACAAUGUGAAAACAGUUCAGCUAAUAUGAAUAAAAGUAAAAAUUCCUCGUCUCGCAUUUCACGAUCAAAAUUUUUAGGACAAAUCGUUUGUGAACUCUUGAACAAAAUGAAGAAUCGUAUGACGUCAUCAGGAAGUCAAGAAAUUAUCAUUCAAGGACAUAAUUUAACUGAACUGGAGCAUUUUGUUAAACGCUUGCGAGAGUUUCGUCUACAUUUAGGUCUUUCACAAGUUCAACUAGGUAUAGAGCUUUCAAAACAUUUUAACGAUAAAGCCUUAUGUAGUCAAACUCUUUUAUCAAGGUUUGAGAAGUUAAAUGUCACUGUUAGAUCUGCUUAUCGGCUUUUGCCCUACCUGAAACGUUGGAUUUCACAUGCUGAACAAAAUCAAUGUGGUCAAAUCACUAUUGAAAAAUUGUCCGUCUUUCAUCAUUCGAUUCCUGUACGUGCUGUAGGCAACUCCCGUUUAACUACAUUGGCUCGUUUAGGUCGUACCGAUUAUAAUCCUUCAUCCUCUUCUUCUUCAACUUCAUCUGUUUUAGCUCUCGUAAAAAAACAAGUAAUUCUCUUUUUUAUUUAUUUACCAUUGUGAUAUCUUUUAACGGUUGUGUGUUCAUUUGCAUCUUUCCCUGUGUGCGAAAAAACUUACAAAAAGUGUAUAGAAAGUCUUUCUUGUUACACAGAACACAAAUUAAUCUAAAAUUAUUCCUAAACAUUAGCUUUGCUCGUCUUGUAGCUUAUUGUAAUCUUAGGGUUAAUACUAUUCUUAUUUAAAUCGGAGUAACUACAUAUCACUGAUCUUGUGGAAGUAAAGUCAAACUAUCAUGAGGUAGAUAGAGAGAUAGCAGUUAAUUCAUUGACUUUGCUUAAAGCUAUAGCUUACUGUUAUUCCUCCUACAAUUGUUUUGAUGUGCGCAUGAAAAUGUAUGCGAACAUACUUUAGUAGAAGUGCUUUCAUCUUGUAUGUGAAAUAAUGAGAGACUAGGACAUUUGUCAUUUAGUUUUUUAAUUUUUCUUACAAAUAAUCCUUUUCAUUUCUAGGUAGUGAAAAAGUUUCAACCACCCAAAAUGCUUAUUCUAAAAGACCUUAGUGCAUAUCCAGUCAGUGUACAGAUAACAUAAGAGAACUAGUUUAAUUUGUAAAACUAAUGACAACGAAAUUUCACAAAUUAUAACAUCUAGACUACUUGCUAACAUGGUCAGUAAGUAUAAUUGGUUCUUGUUUAUCUAUUAAUGGAUACUUUACUUUGAGAAUACACGUUCAUUUUCCCAGUAUAUUUAUUUUCUAAGAUCGUCUUGAUAAAAUACAUAACUUUACACAUCAUAGGAUUUGAAAUAACUCAACUAUUUUAAUAGUUGAGAUCAUGAGUCAUUUGAAGCUAGACCACCAUGGAAAACCUGGAAGCCCUAGACGGCCGUUUCGUCCUACUAUGGGACUCCUCAGCAGUGCGCAUCCACGACCCCGCCUCGCGAGAUUCGAACCCAGGACCUAUCGGUCUCACGCGUGCCCUUAACCACUAGACCACUAAGCCAGAAUCCAACAGUGUUAAUUCCUAACUCCAACUAAUCCAUGAAAUUGAGCGGCACAUCCACCAUUGUCAUCGGUGAGUUAUUAUCUCACAACUGACCCGGUCGAACUCCACUAUUUUAGUGCAUACCUCUUAACCACUACCGUAAUAUUUGAAUGUAGCCAAUUAAUUUUACCCCAUUUAAGAGCAUAUUGUUGUAUUUGUAACUUAUUCAGUCACUUUAGGAAAAUUUAAUUCUACAGAUUAAAGUUUUAGUGUUUGUUGAAUUUGAGCAGACGUUUGGUAAUGAUAUGGACGUGUGAUAUCUUGUUACAGGAUAUCGCAAGCUAGAGUUUUAAAACAAAGUAAGUCACCAGUUGACAGGAAUACACACAAACUCCAUGAUUUCUUGCGAUAGGUUAAAUUCGUAAUAGCUAGUUUGAUAUGAAACUACCUCGUCCUACAUCAAGCUAUUAAACUACCAUUAAGCCCAUUUUCGGCAAGUGCGUGUAUUAUAUUAUGGAUACUUAGUUUAUCUGUUUGAAAAGGCUCGUGCUUAGUUUCAUUGAUGCAUAAAAUGCCUCAUAACAUAAUUCAAUGACAGCUAGGGAGACUAAAAAAAUACUUAUCUAAAUAUAUCUGUAUAGAAUAAAAGGAAUAUGGCUAGCAAUGGGAUCCUGGAUGCGCAUUUCCUCCUAUUUGGUACUCGUCAGCUGGAUGUACCUGCAUCCCAGAGUUUAUGUUAACUUCGGAACUCAAACCUAGUACCCUUCGCUUAAGACGCUAUUAUGCUAUCCACUUAGCUACUGAAUCCGGAUAGUAACUCACGUUUCGGAUCCCAUUGCUAAGGACAUUCCUUCUAUUCUACACUAACUUGUGUCAUAAUAAUUGUAUCAGACAAUCCGCAUAGCAUACAUAUAUGUCAACCAAGACCGAUCGAAUUUCAGUAAAAAUAUCAACAACGCGAUAGUUCAGUCUAUUUAAAAUUAAAUUAAAUACAUCUGGUUGUGUACAUAGUAUACCUCAGGGUUAACUUAGACAUUAACCUUGCAAAAAAUUGCACAAAUUGAGUUGACUUCAAAUAUUUUAUCAUAACAGCAUAGUCACAAGUAAAUUAAUUAUAACACAUUAGCGUAAAUCGUAUAAAAAGAAUAGACACAAACAGAAAUUUAAAUUAAUCAAUGGCAGCUUUUUGAUAGUAACUGUUUGAGCUUGGAUUCUGAGAGAUCAUAGGCCGAUGCAGACAGGAAACUGUCAUUUAUUUCUUUUGAGAGUUAGUGAAUAAUGUGCUUAAUUUUCAACUAAACUCUGGCUACCGAAUACUUAUCUACACCGAAUAAAGUACUGGAUAGAAAAGUCGGUGAUUCUAGAACUCAACUUGCAAUCGUCGAAUUCAAGCUCAAACCUGGAUUCAUCUACUACAUUACUGGCAGUGUGGUGUGUGUGCUACUGAUAUCGAUAGAUAUAAGUGGCAUGUAUCAUCAGUUGAAAGUGAAACAACUGGCGGCAGAAGGUAAAGAAGAUCGGAGAAAAGAGAACGAGAACAGAGAAUAAUUGGUGUGGAAACGGGGGAACAAUGAAGUCUGAGAAGAUUGACUGAUAUUAUUUACUGUAUGGUUCUCGGAUGUUGCUAAGAGAUUCUGUAAUUUUGCGUUCAAAUAUAUUCGAUUGUCCCCACUUGUGUUCUCGUUCACCACAGUAGUAUCACUGAUCCUUACGUGAAUUGUUUGAUUCCAAGCUGAGUGUAUAAACCCACACUUGAUUACUAAGUUAAAUUGUUUAAAAGUUUAAACUAAAAUUUUGUUUAAACACUGAUUUAGGUCAUCUAACUUGGCUAGAGAGAUUGUGAUAUCCUAUCCUAAAACUUAGAUUUAAUAUAAAUAUCCUCUCUUUCUAAGUAUUGACGUUUUAGUCAGUUUUUGUUUUUACUGGAGCCAAAUUAAUUGUCAGUAAUUCAUUUUUGUGAAAGUAUAAAACCUCUGUGAUACGUUUGUGUAUUAUUUUACUAAGUAUGGUUUUAAAAUUUCUACAAUUAUUAUUAAUUAACGUUUAGAUUUUAUUUAGGAGAAGUGAACACCUGAAUAUCAUGUUGUUUUGUUAAGGUAAGUAGGGAUGUUAUAGAACAGUUACUUGGGUUCAUCCGAAUUUUUUUUAUAUAAGUAUCGACUUAGGAUAAGUUAGUGUACUAUGUAGAUUAAUGAAUAUGAUUUCCGAUUAUUUUUUUUAUUGGGUUUUGUAUGUAGUGCACCGUAUUUACUCGUGUUAUCCUCGAUAACUAAACAUUAAACUAUACUUUGUGGUAACAAACUUUUUCUCUUUUUUGCAGCUUUCCUGUACAUUUCAGUUUAAAAUUGAAUUCCUAACCGUAAGAGUAAGGAUAUAUUUGCAGAUAAUUGUCGGAAUAGAUCUAAUCAUAAAGAAAAUCGAUAAUUUUAAUUGACAGCAAAUUCUUAAUCAGUUUGAUAGACGACAUUUCUUGUGGAAACUGACAUUUUAAGUUGGACAUUAACACUGUCGGAUGCUGGUUCAGUAGUUUAUAGGUUGUGUUCACGCGUGACACUGAAGUUCACGGAUUCGAUUCCUAGGUACGGGGUUGUGGAUACUCCCUUUCAGGGAUUCCCAUGCUAGGACGAAACAGCCAUCCACUUUUUGCAGGUUUUCACGAAUAGUGUAACUUAGAUCGGUUCAUUGUUUAAAUAAAAUGUUAAUAAAUGUUUUACACUUAAUUUUACUGAAUAUUUAAUUACAGACUUUUAAACUUUCUUUUUGUUCCUAUUCUAGGUCAAAGAUAAUGAUUGUGUUGCCGAUUGUCCUACAGAUCAUUCCUCACUUUCGGAGCUAACUUCUGAUAUAUCUGAAUCCAAUUGUAAAUUACCAGAUCCACAACAAAAAAGAUGUCGGCGGCGCCGUACUUAUUUUUCCCCAAAAGCUUUAUCAAUAUUAACUGAAUUUUAUUCUACAAAUACUCGACCAAAAGGUACUGAUUUCACUGAAUUGGCAUCGAGGAUUGGCUGUGAUAGAGAAUCAGUUCGCGUUUGGUUCUGUAACAGACGUCAAUUAGAUCAUGAAUGCUCUCGAAAAGUUUAGAGUGACCGCUUCAGUAUAUUUGUAGGGUUGUUAUCAGUAGACCGUUUAUUUACUUUCUUGUUUAUCCACUUUAUCGUAUCGCCGAACAAUUUUAAAGAAAACUGCUAUUUGAGAAUUAAAGUUCUCAAUAAUUUGUACAUUUGUUAUAAGUUGUUUAUACUAUAUUUUUAUGCUGUUAAUCCUCCAUUGAGACCAAACCUUCGCAAUAAAGUGUCUUGUUCUAUGUUA